GUUGGAUUUAUUGAAAUAGUUAUUGUAAAUGGUUCAAUAUUGACCCUAACGGUCAAAGAUAAAUGAUACAGUGUCAACAAUACACGCUUGUUCUUUAUAAAACUACAAUCUGCGUCAUCGACACUUGCUAUUUAUACAAAGUAAUACAUCACAAUUCACAUUCUGCAUUCACAACCACUUGAUUCAAAUUUCAAACAAAGAACUCGUGUUAGGAAGGUUCUCGCAGUGAGGCAUACAGCUGUUUUGUAAUUACUAAUUACUGUCCAAUAUCAUUGAGUGUAACAAGAAUUUAUAACAAUGAUUAUCCAUAUGAAAUUAUGCCUAAUAAGUGCAUUAUGCCUUUGCUAUUGUUCUGCAUACAAGCCUGUGGUGCUUAUUCAUGGAAUCAUGACUGGAAGUGGGAGCAUGGAGAUGAUAAGCCGUAGGAUACAGGAAAAACAUCCAGGCACCAAAGUAUAUAAUGUAAACAGGUUUGAGAGCUGGUCGAGCCUGGAGACAAUGUGGCACCAGGUUUUAGAGAUUGGGAAUGAUGUUGCAAACAUAUCCAGUCAACACCCUGAAGGAAUUAAUUUAAUUGGUUAUUCCCAGGGUGGUCUAGUGGCGAGAGGCAUAGUACAGACAUUCCCUAAUGUGUCUGUCAGCACAUUCAUAUCCUUGAGCUCGCCACAAGCUGGACAGUAUGGCGCUGGAUUCCUGCACAUAGUAUUCCCAGGGCUGGUAAAAGAUACUGCAUAUGAGUUAUUCUAUUCCCGAGUUGGCCAGCACACGUCCGUUGGAAACUACUGGAAGGAUCCCUACCAUCAAACCCUGUAUGAACAGUACAAUGUGUACUUGCCAUACAUCAACAAUCAUAUAAAGUCAGUGCAAUCGGAGAAUUUCAAAUCGAAUAUUCUGAGGCUGAAGCGUUUGGUCCUUAUUGGUGGCCCUGAUGAUCAAGUGAUAACUCCUUGGCAGAGCAGUCAAUUCGGCUACUACGACAAAAACAACGAAACAGUAAUCGAGAUGAGGGACCAAGAUAUAUACACCGAAGACCGAAUCGGUCUCAAGUCUUUGGACCAGAGCGGCAGACUCCACCUGGUGACCGUUCCUGGAGUCAACCACUUCAAUUGGCACAUGAAUGUUAGUAUUGUGGACAACUACCUGCUACCUUACCUAGAUUGAAGUAGUGAAAGUAGGAGUGGUGUAUAGGGUGGCAGGGCUGGCAAAAUGCCACAGGCCCCCGACCCAAAAAGGGCCCCGGCCUAAGAGGCCGUGGGGUUAGAAAUUUUUUAUACAUUGUUUUAUUAUUAACGUGAUGAUUUUUAGUGAUAGGGUCCCAUCAAUUUGCCACGGGCCCCGGAUGUUAUAGUUACGCCACUGGAAAGUAGACAUUAGAUUUUGUAAAUGAAAUUAAAUGUAAAUAGUAUCAUCAUUCAUAGGUGAUUCAGACCGAUGCUGCUGGGCUAAAGCAGUUUAAAUUUCAUUUCGAUUUUGUAAAUGAAACAGUAUAGGGCCUAGUGCUACUGCAGGCUAAAGUUGCAGUGUAAAUAUCAUGUCUCUUGUGUUGGUAUAAGCAUACAUCAGUGGUCCCCAACAUUUUUUUCUUGCGGGCGAAAAACAUGUUUUGGUCUUGGAGUCGCGGGCCCGGCCGCAACAAAAAAAAAUUAAGAUUAAAAAAUAACGUUCUUCAAAAUUAACGAUUUAAAAAUG